AUGGCCGACCACGAUGCCGCAGCUUCCUCGCUCUCGCCGGCCCCCACGCCCCAGUUCGCCCGCGCCUGUCGCAGCUGCGCCGUGGCCAAGACGAAAUGCGUCCCGGCUGCCGGUGCCGCGAGCAGUGACUGUGAACGCUGCCACCGCCUGAAGCGCGUCUGCGUGCGCGAUGCUCCAAGCAUGCGGAAGAGAAAGCCACCCACUGCCAAGAACGCACGCCUGGAACAGAAGCUGGACCAGCUUGUAACGCUGCUGGCCACCAAUCCGCCGGGACAGGGCCAGCCUAGACAUGCCCAUCAGGCGUCCUCCUCGCCGACACCUGAACGCCCGCAAUACACUCCCAGCACUACCAAUACCGUUCCGUCUGAACCCAGUGAAAAUGUCCCGCCGCGCCCGCGACCAACCUCUCCUCCGAUUUCUGGCGAGAGAGGGGCCUUCAGUGCCCGUCCCGUCCACGUACCAUGCGACCCGUCGGAGCUCGAUCCCGAUGAUGCCAGAACUGCAGAAUGCCUGUUUAAUUAUCGGACCUACAUGUCCAAGUACUUCCCCUUCGUCAUCAUACCCCCAGAUGCCACAGUCCAGACUUUGCGUGACACCAAGCCGUUCCUCCUGAAGGCAAUCGUCGUCGUGGCCUCCAUCCAGGACCUGGCCAAGCAGAGAGCGCUCGGACAUGCCUUGAUGGGCGAGCUCACCACGCUACUCCUGAUCCAGGGCAGAAGAAGCGUUGAUUUACUGCAGGGUAUCCUCGUGUGGCUGGCUUGGUAUCACGUCCACUUUUUCACUAACCCGCAGACAACCAAUCUAUUGCAGCUUGCCGUAGGGUUGGUCAUUGAUCUUGGACUGAAGCGGGGAGCCCGGGCUUAUGGCUCCGAGAGGCUUGAAAGAGGCAUCACCCGGAGCGCGCAUGGAGAGCUUGCCAAUUCUGAGCUGCAUACAUCAGAUGAGAGGCGGGCUCUUCUCGGUUGCUUCUAUCUGUCUACCAUUGUGGCCCAGUGGGCAAAGCGAUACGACUCGCUGCGGUACAGCGCCCAGUUGGACGGUGUUUGCCGCUACCUGGAAGAAGCUCAAGAGUACCCGACGGACCAGUACCUCGUCUAUCUCGUACGUCUCCAACGUAUUGUCCAACGCAUUGAGCGAAAAGUGCCCAUCGAUGAUUUCACCGCCGACACCAUGAUUCCAAUAGCCAUGUUUGUUAAGGCCCUCCGCGGCGAACUCGAUGAUUUCAAGAAAUCACUCCCUGCGAACCUUGCAGAUCAAUCCGCCUCAGCUAUCAUGUGGCUGCAUUACUACAGUGCAGAAAUAUACCUGUACGAGAUCAGUCUGAGUUCUCUUCCAGGUACGCCACAAUACGGCGACUACACUUACCGCCGGCUGGAAAUGCUCAACGGCUGCAUGCACGCCGCGAAGGCUUUCAUCGAUGUGUACUACCAAAUCCCCUCGGCGAGCCUGAUCAACGUGCCCUUCAUGCACUUCGCGCAGCUCACCAGCACCAUCAUAGCUUUGUCAAAACUGACCCGUCUUGAGUGCCCGGGCUGGGACCAAGCAUACGCUCAAGAGUUCCUUGACUUUGGUGGCGUCAUGAUGAAGAUGUCAGCGCGCUACGAGGAGGCGCGUGCUGUAGCAGAAGUUCCCCUUGCCGAUAACCCGCUUUUCACUUUCUUCGCCCGCAAACUGCGUUUCAUCAAGGCAUGGAACGAAGCAAAGCUGAAGGGGACAGCUGAGGCGCUCGAAGUCAGGGAGGACAACCGCAGAAGGGCGCAAAAGGCCGCAGAGGUCGCGGCAGUGAAUGGUGCAGCGACUUCUGCAGCCCCUGUUGUUACGGCUGCAGAGAAAAGCGACGGUGCGAGUUUGAAUGUUAAUAUAGGUGGUGAGCCGAUGCAGCUGGAGCACAUCAGUCAGGAGGACAUCUUCGAUCAGCUUGACCCGAGCUUCUGGCAGGAGUGGGCAACGGACGAUAUGACAAUGUGGGAUGCGGACGCUAUGCAGCAGCCCUGCAGCUGGAAUUUCGAGGGGUUGGGUGCGGGAUAUCAAUGA